AGAAGCUGAAGAGGGUGUCAUAUCAAGACAUUCUUAAAGCUACCAACUGGUUUUCUUCGCUUCAUACUAUCAGCUCAACCUGUACUGAGUCAGUUUAUGUUGGUAGGUUCAAGUCCGACAGGAGAUUGGUUGCCAUCAAAGUAUUCAACUUGAGUGAACCUGGCGCAUGUGAUAGUUACUUUAUUGAGUGUGAAGUGCUACGAAGCACCCGCCAUAGAAAUAUAAUGCAGCCUGUGACCGUAUGCUCGACACUUGAUUCACAAAAUCAUGAGUUCAAAGCACUGAUAUUCAAGUUCAUGGUUAAUGGCAGCCUUGACAGAUGGUUACACUCUGAGCAACACAGUGAAAUCCCCGGCAGAGUGCUAAACUUUGGGCAGAGGAUAUGCAUAGCGGCAGAUGUGGCUUCUGCUCUUGAUUAUGUCCACAACCAACUGACGCCUCCUCUGAUCCAUUGUGAUUUGAAGCCAGAGAACAUCCUUUUGGACGAUGAGAUGACCGCGCGGCUCAGUGAUUUCGGCUCAGCAAAGUUUUUGUCGCCCGAUAUGUUUAUUCCUGAAAGCCUGGAUGAUGUUGGAGGAACAGUUGGAUACAUGGCACCUGAGUAUGGGAUGGGUUACGAGAUCUCCGUAGGAGCUGAUGCAUAUAGUUUUGGAGUGCUUCUGCUGGAGUUGCUUACCGGAAAACAACCAACUGAUGAUAUGUUUGUUGAUGGACUUACCCUUCCCAUUUUCUCUGAAUCCAUGUUCCCUGAUAGAGUUGCGGAGACUCUAGAUCCUCAUAUGGCGCAUGAGGAGUAUCAAGGGUCCGCAGAAGUAUGGAUGCAGAGAUAUAUUGUCCCGUUGGUUGCCCUUGGACUGUACCGUGGAAGCUCCGAAGGACAGGCCUGGAAUGAAAGAUGUUUGUGCAAAACUUACUGCUAUCAGAGACGCUUUUCUGGAAUGCUGUGGUGACAUGGACGAAUAUUUUAGCUCUGUUAGAGCAUGCUGAUUCGUUAUCGUUAAGAAUGUUGUAACAUGUUCAUUGUGCCCUAUCAAUAUGACGAACUGAAUGAAAAUAUGAGU